AUGCCGCCCCGCAAAAAGGCCGCAGUGCGCGCAGCGGUUCGCGGGCAUGAUUUGAAGCGUGCAGGAAAGGCGGGUUCUGAAGUGCGAGACGAUGCGGUGAUGCUUGUUGAUGCGAAUGCGCGAGUCCACCAGCAAGUAGUGCGGAAUGCGUACAUUAUUGCGGAAUCGCAGCUGCUCCUGCUUGCCAAGCAGCUCGAAUUCGAUGUCGAUGUGUCUGUAUGGGCCGAAGAAGUGGAUGAGAAAAUGGCAGAGUUUUGGGAGCAGACAAGUGAAAAUGUCGACGUUUUCUGUGCGCGCAUGGCGGAUCAGGAGCAGGAUACGCGCAGCGUGAUUGCCGACGUGGUCAAGUCGCCGCGCAAGCGGGAUUGGGCGUAUCCCACGCAAGACACGUCGCCAGCCUUGCCGUUGCUUGGUGCAGAGGCACGCGAAGCAUCGUCUUCGCCGCGCGUAUCUGAACCACUAGCCGUCCCAAGUCCAGAAGCGCGCAAGUCUGGGCCAUUGCACAGCCCACACAGCGAGCGUACAGUGCCGAGCCCCGAGCUUGAGCUCGAUGCGCGUCUCCCACUGCCAUUGACCACACCCGGCGCCGCCACGCGCCCGAAGCGUGCACUAAGCUCCGCAGUGCUGCGCAGUGCAAAGAAGCCCGAGCUGGGCGUCAUGGCGCCCGGAACACAAGCCUCCAAGACCUCGGGCAAACGAUUCCGGUCCAGUUUCCUGAACAAGAGUCUGCACAAUGCCAUUGCUGAGCGCCAGGUGAGCGCCGAGCCCGAGCCCGAGCUCGAGCCCGAGCUCGAGCACAGCCCGCUCCACGAGCGCCGUUCGCCCGUGCAAGGGGAACAAGAUACCAAGGAUACCAAAACCACCCCCACGAUCCCUUCCGAGCUCCUGGAUAAGGACAGUGAAGAGCCCCAUCCACGCACGGCGCCUGGCCAGCUGGACGCACUGCGCAGUCGUCUAGAGAGUGUCCGGCGCACGAGCACUGUGCCGAGCGCUCCAAAUGCAAGCCGAUCGCGUCUCUCCGAAACGCGGCACACAAGCGCCGCGAUCCCGGCUGCGGGCAGCGACGUGCGUGUAGAGAUGCUGGAAGACGCGUUCAAAGCACCUUCUCCUCCAAGCACGCCCGCCAGGCAGCACAUACAGCGCAGCCCAAGCCGUCUCGAGACGCCCGGCAGUCGGCUGCCUGUUCCCCAGCGCUCUCCUUCGCGUCUUGCGCGGCCCGAAUCGCGUGCAGGACAUACUCCGCAUCCCGAGCGCUCUCCUUCGCGCGCCGCGCAAGGCUUUGCCACUCCAUGGCGCAGAGCACACGAGACAACCAAGCCCGUCGCGCCGUCCUUUAUGCAGCGUGCCGAGCAAGCCUCGCCGCGCAGCAAACCCACGGUAUCACCCGUACGGGGCAAGAUGCAGUCGCCAGGCCGCCUUCGCGAAGAGCUCCUCUCGCCUUUCCGCACGGCACGUCCUGCCGACGCGAGCCGAAGUCCAUCGCGCGUGGGCAAUACACCAUUGCCUGGACGUACCGACGCUGUUAGCCCUAGACCACAUUCGCCCAUGGCGCCUACAAGCCCAGUGCAGCACAGCACGCCUGGUUUCGGUGCGCGGAUCCGCGGGCUCUUUGGACUCCAUGCCCAGAAACCUGCCUCGCCACAGCGCUCCGCAAGCGCUAUGGGCGCUGCGAAACUGCGUCCAGCCUCGCCGGACACGCGCCGCAAAGUUCGGACCGUGCUUGGUACACGCACGGCGCUGGACGAUGACGCGCUCGAUGCAGCGCUCGAGGUACCAAAUAGAUUCAGCCAUGUUCCUGCCAACCGCAUGCGGCCAGCAGCACCGACGACACACCGCCAGCCAGUCCCAGGCACGGGCACGGGCAACGAAGGACGUACUGCGUCGCACACGUCUCGCGCGCCGUCGAGCGUGCCGCGGCCAGCGAGUGCCACGGGCGCGCGUCCAGCAGUGCAUGCACGGGCGCUUAUCCCGCCGCAUGCAGGACAAGCGCGCAAGUCUGCCGGCACGCGUGGCUACACGGGCGAGGAGAAACGGCGCAAAGUAUUGCGCGAGUCGACGAAUCAAACGUCGGACCACCCCAUUACCGAAGACGCAUUGAAAAGCAAGCUUACCACGGCAAGCGGAGUCCAUACCGCGCGCGUCUCCAAGGCAGGGACGCACAGUGCAUCGCUCGCCGCGAAUGUGCGUCCUGCGUCGCGGAUUUGUGCGCCGGCGAAACCGCCUGUGCAUCGUGCGAGUGGCAGUGCGAAUGUAUUCCAGCAAGCCGUGCAUGUGCAGUCCGAUGUUGGGAAUCAGACGAAUGAAUCGCUGCCCGAUGUCCAGAGCGAGUACUCGGACUCGGACGAUGAGGCGUCGAUCAAAAAGCGCAAGCACGAACCUUCCUGGACACGUGGGCAGGAACUCGAAGAUUUGUUGAUUCAGCAGGCAUCGAUCGAUCCAGACGAGAUUUUCGGGCAGCAAAUGGGCCCCGUGCCACUGGAUACGAUGCUGCCGCCGCGCCAAGGGGAUCGGCGACGUGCGCGACACCGUACAAGUUCCGCGAAUUGGGGCGGUCCGGACGGUCUUGCGCAAUGGGAAGUGGACCGAUAUAAUGAGCGAAUGGGCAUUCAUGUUGGGCGUACGACGUAG